AUGCCACCACCCAUCGCACAUGGACAAGCGGAGCAAUCGAUCCUCCAAAAACUUGGAAUGGGAGCAGCUAUGGGUGGAGCCGUUGGAAUGACUUUAGGUUUUAUCUUUGGAGGGUUUUCUAUCAUCUCAAGGGGUGCUGGUCCAAGAGGUCCUUUAAACACUCUUGCAACUUAUAUGUUAUCUAGUGGUGGAACGUUUGCAUUUUUUAUGUCGAUUGGGUCAGUAAUCCGUACAGAAGAUCAUCAUCACUACUCCAUCUCUGAACUUGCUGCUGCUCGGUAUCGUUGGAGGAAACAGUUGUCUAUUCCAGAACAAGUACAUACAUCAGGUUUUGAAAAAAAUGAAUAA